AGAAGAAGGGCGGGGAAACCCGUAGAAGAAGAAGAAUGUCACUUUUCAUUGGCUAGUUGGCACGCGUUUACUUCCUGCCCAACAGAGCAGCGUGUGUUUUACGCCUUGUUUCGUACUGUUGGGUGAGCAGCAGCAGUAAAGUAAAAACUUUUUAACUUAAGCUAGAUCAGUCUGAUAGCUUAGCGAACUAGCUAACUUUGCCACGCAGAAUAACGUGGUUUAGUUUAAAUGUCUGGGUAGUUUGUGUGCAGCCGGUACAUCCAAGGACUUGUGUGAAUGAAACAAGCUCUGUUUGAAACAUGAGCCUCGCUGGAAAGAAUGCAGAAGAGUCUGGAUGGUGCAAGAAAAACCUCCAGAAACUUCUCGCUGCAAUGAAAGCCAACAUCCUGGAUGACAAGAAAGAGCUCAGUUAUACCCAUGGAGAGAGAACUCUAGACUGGGAGAAAGUGGCCUUCCCUCCUUUUUCUCCGGAGGAAUGCAAACAAAAGUGGAAAGAGGUUAUUCAGAAGAUGCGGAAGGUUCGCAACCUCACAGAGCUGAUUGUGGAAGCUGAAAGUGUCCUUUCUGAUCCCCUCAAUAACGCAAAGCUCCAUCCAGAGUACCCGAAGAGACCCAUGCCCGUAAAUACCUGGUAUUACAAGGAAGUCUUUUCCAAGAUUAAGAAGAAGAAUCCAGGGAUGAGCUGUGCAGGUUUGAUGAAAAUCGCAAGCAAAGAAUUCAGUCUGCUCCCCGACAAAAAGAAGGCAUUUUAUCUGGAGAAAUACAGGAACGCAUAUAAAGAAUUCACUAAUAAGAGGGUGGAGUUGAGGGAAAAAUAUGGCAAAUCCCUUCAGAAGAGCAAAAGGAAGAAGGUGGUCCCUGAAAGCACCAGUGAGUCAGAGGAGGACUUUGAGGGUCUGCCUGUCAAGCCACCUAUAAGUGGCUACAAUUUAUUCUGCAAAGAGCUGAUUGGUAGUAUGAGUGUCCCAACAAGAGCCUACAUAAAAGAGUGGUCCCAGAGGUGGCGAAAUUUAAGUGAAAAGGAGAGAAAAGCCUACAACACACGCUCCAAAGAGCUGAAGAUGCGGUAUGAAAGUGAGAUGCAUACGUAUCUAAUGAGUUUAGAUGAGGAGAAGCGGAACAAGGUCCUCCGCAAAACAAAGAUCAGUUUUCCUACAAAGCGUAAGAUUUUCAAAAGGAAAACCAAGGAGAAAAUACCCGGCGAGCCCAAGAUGCCAUCCAUGUCUGUCAACGUGGCUUUCUGCCAGGAUCAGAUGAAAAUUCUAAAAGAAAAAAUCCCAAAUGCAAAAGACCGCUUUGCUGCGGCCAACAAAAAAUGGCAUGAACUCUCCAUAAAGGACAAGUCCCGGUACCAAUUAAAAGUAAAUGAAAAGCUGAGGAAAUACUCCAUCGAGCUGCAGGAGUGGUUUAAGACACUGACUCCAGAUGAGCAGAAUGAGUAUCAAAAACAGAACCCUCGUAAAUUAAAAUAUCUUGAGGACACCUUACCGAAAUAUUCUGACAAGGACGAACUAUUUUUGAAGCAGCCAUCAGACUCAGAAGACGAAAUCAUCGAGAGCAGCAGUGAUGAUGAAGACGACAACAUACUGGACUUUGAUGAGGAUGAUGACGAGGAGGAGGAAGAAGAUGAUAUAAUGUUUGACAUGUAUUAAUUGGUGAUGAGAUGGACAGCUGAAAAACCAAAUGCAGAAAAUUCAGAUGCUGUUCUGAA